AUGCUCAGGGUAUAUUCAGAGCAUCAAAUCGGUUCAUCAAGCGAAAACUCAGAGAUGAAUUUUAACACUGAAAAUGGUGUGAUCGAUAAUGGUAUUGGUAUCUUGGAUAAGAAUCUUUAUUCGCGACAAAUCUAUGCCUUGGGAGAAUCAGCAAUGAUACAUUUAAGAAAGUCAUCUGUACUGAUAUCAGGCAUUGGAUCAGUUGGUGUAGAAAUCGCAAAAAAUUUAAUUCUUGGUGGUGUGCGUCAAGUAACAAUUCAUGAUGUGCAAGACGCUAAAUGGCUAGAUCUUAGUGCACAGUAUUAUCUCAAAGAAUCGGAUAUUGGCCGCAAUCGAGGUGAAGCAAGCUUUGAACGUUUGGCAGAGUUGAAUGAUAGUGUUUCGUGUCAUCUAUCCAAAGAACCACUAAGUGAAAAUUUGGUUAAACAGUUCGAUCUAACAGUGCUUACUGAUGCAACAUUAACUACUCAGCUCAAAGUAAAUGAGUGGACUCGUAAGCAUAAUCGUCGUUUCAUAGCUGCUGAUGCUCGCGGACUUUUCGCUUUCAUAUUUGUUGAUGUGGGCAACAAUUUCAAGAUUGAUGAUCAAAAUGGAGAGCAGUGUCGAGAAUUGCUGAUUGAACACAUAGAUGCUGAGACAGGAGACGUAACUACUCUAGACAAUGUGUUUCACGGUCUUGAAGAUGGAGAUCAUGUUACUUUUUCAGAAGUUAAGGGGAUGACAGAAUUGAAUGGGAUCAAACCACUCAAAAUAACAGUGAAAAAGCCUAAUGUCUUCAACAUUGGAGAUGUUGCUGCCAAUUUUUCGCCAUAUCUUGAAGGUGGACGUUUCACGCAAGUAAAAGUGCCUAUAACGAUUUCACACAAGUCACUAUUGCAAUCAUUGAAAGAUCCUGACUUUUUGAUUUGGGAUUUUGCAAAGUUUGAUCAUCCUCCUCAGCUUCAUUCUCUGUGGCAAGCGCUAUAUGCAUUUGAAGACAAGCAUAAACGGUGCCCUUCGCCGAGGAAUGAUAUAGAUGUCAAUCUUCUAAAACUUGAACUUCCGAAUACUAUCAAAGUGAAUGAAAAGUUAUUGAAAAUGUUUAGCUACCAGGCUUGUGGUAACCUUGCUCCCAUUGCUUCAAUUGUUGGUGGGAUCGCUGCACAGGAAGCAAUGAAAGCAGUUACACAUCAUAUGACUCCCUUAAAACAAUUUCUUUACAUUGAUUGUAUCGAAGCUUUACCUGGUACAUGGUCGCCCUUCGAUAAUGAAAAAUUGACAGCUAGUGACUGCAGAAUUAAAAAUUGCCGUUAUGAUGGGCAGGUUGUUGUUUUGGGGCAAGAUUACCAGAAUGCGCUCUUCAAACAAAAAUAUUUUGUAGUUGGUGCAGGUGCAAUUGGAUGUGAAUUACUAAAAAAUUUGGCCAUGAUGGGUGUGGCAUGUGGUGCUGACGGAAAGCUAAAAAUAACAGACAUGGAUCAAAUUGAAAUCAGCAAUCUUAAUCGGCAGUUCUUGUUUAGAAGGAAUGAUGUUGGCAGCAAGAAAUCUGAGGUGGCUGCUAAAGCAGUUAAAAAUUUCAAUCCUAAAAUCAGAAUUGAAGCUUUGGCCGAACGUGUCGGAGCGGACACAGAGAACAUUUUCAGCGAUAGUUUUUUCAACGAUCUCAACGGUGUAUUGAAUGCAUUAGACAAUGUUGAUGCACGCAAGUUUUGCUUAAUUUCAGUUUUUAUUUUAGGACGUUACAUGGAUCGACGCUGCAUUUAUUAUCGUUUACCACUCCUUGAGUCUGGUACUAUGGGUACAAAAGGUAACACUCAAGUGAUUUAUCCCCAUCUAACUGAAUCUUACAGCUCAUCAGUUGAUCCUCCGGAAAAAGACAUUCCAAUUUGCACGCUAAAAAAUUUUCCUAACGAAAUUCAGCACACUAUUCAGUGGGCAAGAGAUUUAUUUGAGGGUUUGUUCACAAAUCCAGCUGAACUUGCGAAUCAGUUUAUUUCUGAUGAACGAAGUUUCUUACAGCGAGUUGAUCAGAUGAAUACAACACAGCGUCUACAUAUAUUAUCGAAAGUAGAAGAAACUUUAAUCCUUGAAAGACCGAAUAGACCAGAGGAUUGCAUAAUUUGGGCAAGGAAAAAUUUUCAGGAAUUCUUCCACAAUGCCAUUGCACAGUUGUUAUACAUGUUUCCUUCUGAUCAGGUGACUGAACAGGGAGUUAAGUUUUGGUCAGGCAGUAAGCGGUGUCCACAUGUUUUGGAUUUCAAUCAAAAUGAAACCGAACAUUUUAAUUUCGUUUGGGCUGCCUCUAUUUUGCGAGCACAGCAGUACGGUAUCACACCUAUUACAGACACGAAGAAGUUUUUGGCUGUGUUAGAGACGAUUCAUUUGCCGCCUUUCACUCCGAGAUCGGAUGUAAAAAUAGCUGUAACUGAAGCUGAAGCAAAAUUAGAAGAAAAAGAUGAUGAUUAUUCCGAAGAAAAACUACAGGCUGUUAUGAUGAGCUUGGCUAAACUGGAUAAGAGGGUUAUGGUUCCAUUGACACCAAUUGAUUUUGAGAAGGACGAUGAUAGCAAUCAUCAUAUGGAAUUUAUAACUGCUGCUUCAAAUUUGCGAGCUCAAAAUUACGAAAUUACGCCAGUAGAUGUUAUGAGAACAAAGCAAAUUGCUGGUCGUAUUAUCCCGGCUAUAGCGACAGCAACAGCUGCUAUAGCUGGAUUAGUAGCCAUAGAGUUGUACAAAAUUGUUGGAGAUGGGCAGAAACUAUUACCUGUUCCGCUGAGUUCGUUCAAAAAUGGCUUUUUAAAUUUGGCACUACCAUUUUUUGGAUUUUCAGAACCAAUAGCUGCGCCGAAAAAGAAGGUUGUAUUCAAGUAUUCGGAAGCAAAUUUCACUCUUUGGGAUCGAUUUGAAAUACAAGGGCCAAAGAAAAUGAAGGAAAUAAUUCAGUGGGUCAAAGAAGAAACUGGACUUGAUGUAACAAUGAUGUCUUGUGGUGUAUCACUUAUAUAUAGCUUUUUCUUAAACCAUGACAAAAAAAUGGAGCGUUUGGAGCAAGACAUGCAAGAAGUUGUGGAAGAAGUAACCAAGAAAAAAAUUCCGGACCACGUACACUCAAUUGUAUUGGAAGUAAUAGCGAAUAAUAAAGAUGAAGAGGAUGUGGAAAUUCCUUAUAUCAAAUUUAAUCUCCGAUAA